AUGUCCUCUGCCGAGUACAAGGACACGUAUGACACUAUCAAGCGGGGCAUUGAGAAUGCGGCAGAUCCAGGUCCAUACCUGGAGAUGAUGGAGGCAGCUAUGACAGCGUACAUUGCAGGGGAAAUGGCGCCGCCCGAGCACGCCGAGUACUUUGUUGACACGGCCCUACCGGCUGCUGUCCGCACCGUACUCAAGGCCCGCUACCUCCAAGUCCACAUUUGCUACCGCGCUGCAGACUUUGUCGUCGCCGCGCUAGACUUUUGCCGCCUCGCCUUGCCCACCAACUCCAAGGGCAUCGCCGACACACUCCGCCGCAUCUUUGACUCGACUCGCCAGUUUUAUCUCUUCCCACGUGCCACUCACACCACGUAUGCCGCCCACCGUGCCAAGAUCGACGCCGAGUGCACCGUCGCCUCUGCCACCGACGCUGCCUCGGCGCGCGUCGAUGAGGAGGCCUCGCCCGAGGUCGAGGCCCAGAUCAAGGGACAGGAACUGGCCUCGGACGACGACGAGUACGUUGUUGUCUCGCCGCCGUCCGACGACAAGUCCUCGCCCUGUGCCAACAACCGCAGCACUCCCAAUGCCGAGGCCGAUGCGGACGUCCAGGCUGACGCUGAUGCCGAUGCCGAUGCCGAUGCCGAUGUCGAUGCCGAUGCCGAUGCCGAUGUCGAUGCCGACGCCAUGGUCGAGACAGAAUGGGGCACCAUGCCGCGGGUUCGCCACUGGUCUUCGAAUCUCCUCCGCGAGUUUGUCUCGCACUUUGGCCGGACGGGUGGCUUUGCCGCCGUCGUCGCCCACAUCGGGCGCAGCGGCGACGCCCGCACUCCGCUCAGCAUCAUCCACAUCCUCACUGGCAUGCUGCGAGCUAUCACCGCCUCGGGAUACAUGACGUCGCCGCGGUGCAAGGAGGUGAUGUCUGCCAUGGCCACCGCUCUCGAGCACUACCUUCGCAGCCUCGACGACGCCGAGCUGCGUGAGCUCGCGCCGGCCACUGCCAUUGUCAUGCUUGACCAGCUCCAGAGCGCGCUCGAGGUGAGCAUGGAGGCCGAAGAAGCCGGCGGCGUUGUCGAGCCGCUCCACCUCGACCUCACCCUCCGCCUACUCUCGUCGUCCUCGCUCCAGCAGCGGAUCCACGGCAUGGACCUCCUCAACGAACUCCUGUCCAUGGUCGAGAAGCGGGCGUGGGCGGCGGCCACCAGGCGCGUGGCCUCCAUCAAGGCUGCCAAGUGGCUCACCCCUGAGGCCCUCCUCGAGUGGCUCGCGGAGCACUCGAUCUUUGAGACUCUGACCGGCGCGUCCAAACACGCCGAGCUCCUCCGGCGCUCCUCACCGCUCGUCCUCUUUCUCAUCAAGCAAAGGGCGUUCACCGACGCCGCCAUGGCCAUGCUCUGGGAGUGCGUCAUCAACGCCCACGAGAUCUACGCCGCCGCCGUCCUCGAGCUCCUUCGCAAGGUUGCCUACCAGAUCCCCAUCGAGAUGGUUGGUCUCAUGUUCAACUCGCUCGCCUCGUUGCCGCUCGAGGCUCUCACCAAGGACAUGCUCUCGCUCGUCCGCGUCCUCAUCAAGCGCUCGACUGCCCACCAGAAGCCACUCCUCGCCUGGAUGCUCUCCACCGUCCUCGACCGCGCCGACGUGCUCUCUGCCGACAUCCUUGCCUACCUGCUCGACUGCAUCGGCGACGCCUGGAAGGUCUACGCGCUCCGCGCUGAGCGCGCCGCCGCCAUUGUCCGCAUUGCCGCCGCCCUCGUCGACGCCCCUCUCGCCACUCCCGGCAUCAAGUGCCUCCUCGCUAUCAUCGAGACUUACCCCGACAUCCACGCUGCCCACGUCAAGGAGACCCAGCUUGCGGUCCUCCGCUCGCUUCGCGAUGACCACAGCCUCGACAAGAUCCUCAUUGCCUCGCUCCCGCUUUUCAAGGCCAUGGCCAAACCGCUCGACAAUGACACUCCCACCUCAGGGGACAGCCUCGGCGAUGCAAGCGGCGACGAACCGCUGCCGCUCGAGCCGCCUGCUGAUGCCGAGGAGACCGGAGCCAAUGCCGACGCCGCGCCAGAGAGCCCCAAGUCGACCGCCGCAGCCGUCUCGCCCUCGUCGCCCGAAUACAUGGCCGAGCUCAGGACUCGCCUCGAGUUCCUCACCGCCCUCACUUCGCCACCAGGCUCAGUCCUCUCCCUUGAGCAGGUCCAGGCGUUGCACGCUUCCAUGGUCAUCGACGCCGCUGUCCCGGCCGAGGCCGAGCUCUUCUACACGUGGCUCGGCAGUUCGCUGAGCCCGAGCGAGUGCACGCUCCUCACCAUCGACGACGCUCACGCCUUGCUCAGCUGCACGCUCGAGGUCGAGCCACCGACACGGGCCACGCCGACCUCCUUUGCCACUUUCCGCAAGUUCUUCAUCCACGCCCUUGUCGGCGUCGGUGCGCUCGAGUGGGCCAAGACCGAGCCGACACCGGCAGGUGUUGGCACUCGCCGGACUCACGCGCCACCGUCGCAGGUUACAGCCUCGUUUGACUUUGUCAUCUACCAACCGACCAAGCUUGCUGUCGAGUACCUGUGGCAGCUUGUGCUCGAGGCGCACGACCAGACUGUCAUCUGCUCGGCCACCGAGCUCCUUGUCGAGCUUCACGAGAACGUGUCUGCCGAGGUCAAGGCCGAUCCAGUUGCGCUCUCAGACGUCCGCGCCGCCUUUCUCGCCUGCAUCUUCCGCAAGCUGGAAGAGGGUCUCGAGACCGCCGAGUGUGCCGAGGCCGACCCAGUCUCAACAGCCGAGGCCGUCCGCCGCAUUCACGCCUGCCUUACUGUCCUGAAGACACUCUUUGCCAAGACUUCGUCCGAGGCCGGCGGGACUCGCGCCCACGGCGCGUCGGCGCGCGGACGCCCACUCACCCUUCGCAUCGAAAACGGCAUUGAGUCGACAAGCCCCGAGGGCGUCUUUGAGGUCCACCUGCACUCGCUGGCUACCGUUGGCGCGCUUCGCUCGGCUGUCGCCGCUGCGCUCGACGGCUGGACCGAGCCUGCCGCCGCGCUUGUUCUCAAGGCAGCUGGUCGCACGCUCGACGAUGACUCGUGCACCCUUGCCGACGCCUCACUCCGCGACAAGGCCUCGGUCGGGCUCUCCUCGGGCAUUCCCGAGACGCUGGCCGACGACGCCACAACUCGCCGGAGCCGGAUGGGCGAUACGUUCGGCGCAACCAAGCCGAGCCUCUCGUCCGAGCUCCUCGAUGCCAGCUCGGACCCGGCCAACGCCAUGGAGAUGGCCCAGCAGCUGAUGGUGACGUGCGAGACCAGCGCCAACGUGGCGCUCCUCGCGCUGCGCAAGGAGUCGUUUGAUGUCAACGAGGCUGCUAUGCUUCUGUUCGACCCGGUUCAAAAGUCCGAGCUCGAAGCCUUUGCAACCCAGAUGGCCGAGACCAAGGCUGAUGCCCCCGGCGGCGGCGACGACGCCACCAACCCGGCUGCGCACCGCAUGGCGUUCCCCGACGGCGACGACGGCUCGGACGAUGGCUCCGGAAGCGGCUCCCAGCGACUGGUUGUCUACCCACCGAUGAUGCUCUCGUCGAACCAGCAGUACAUGGACGUCCUGUUCUCGCUCGUCUCGUCAGCGGCCUGCGCCGGUGUUGGCCCGCAGAUCUGGGACCUGCUCAUGGUUAUUCCCACGAACCAGGUUAUUCUCCGCAAGCUCACUCACCUCGAGCUUGGCGACGCGGGCUGGGCCGGCCUCAUCGACCCGGCCUCGGUCUACCGGUUGCUGUAUGCGCUGCAGAUCAUCGACACCAUUUUGUUCCCGGUCGAUGAAGGCCGCGACGUCACCGCCCGCGCCGAGUGGUGCCGGGUCUUUGUCGAGUCGGGCGGCGUCCAGCACCUGUACGGCAUCUUUGCCGGCGCUGAGCUGACAACAGCUGGUAACGACUCCGGCACCGCUGCGCCAGACAACACUGAGCAGCGCAACGCAUCGCUCGCGCUCAUCCUCAAGGUCCUCGAGUUUUUCCUCCGCGGCGCGCUCUCGGACGAGACGUCAGCGCCGGCGCCGGCGAGCCCGGUGGCCGGCUCGGGUGCAGGCGUGCCGACCCCUAGCACGCCGACCGGACUUGUCUCGCCGGUCUGCUCGACGCCCGGUUCGGGCGGCGGCGGAUCGGCAGGCUCCACCACAACGUCGUCUGCCGGUGCAGCCUUUGCCGCCAUGAUUGCCGAGUACACUGCAAGCGAGGCCGCCAAGCGCGUUCUUCUUGAGACCGUCAGCGUCGCCGAUCUGGUGCCUGCGCUGGUGAGCCUGGUGGCGGCGGCAGCGAGCGAGCAAGGCGCGUCCGAGACUGCCGCCGAGGUCACCGCGUACUCGAUGCGACUGAUUGUCCUCUGCAUUGUCUCGCAGCCGGCGCACCUCUCGGUACUCACCUCGGCCAUGACUUCGGAGUUUCUCGACACAGCGCUCAUCCAGUGCGGCGACGCGGGAGUUCGGGCUGAGGUUGCAAUCGGCCUCUACAACCUUGUCUCACAGGUCGGUGCAAGCAGCAGCAAGAACGGGCCACACGAGCUGUUCCUCCAGCGGCUUCUUGGUCUGCUUCCGCCGUUUGCGGGGAGCAGCGCGCCGGCGCCGAUGGACCAGUACCGCGAGUACUUUUCGCUGCUUGUGGAGCUCAUCUCGAGCACAAUCUCCACGCGCGGGAUUGCAAACGAGGAGCUGACGACGGUCGCCUGCUCAGCAAUCGAGUGCCUGCUGACCCGCGGGACUCGCGAGUACGACGACGGCGUGACGGACGAGGUGCUCGCAGGCUAUCUCGACGUGGCACGGGUGGUGGUGAGCGGUGACGCGAGCGUGCUUGACAAGGUGACGCUGAGCGAGACUGCUGCUGGCGUCAUUGCGACGCGGCUAGAGGCAGCCGGGAGCCUUGCGGCUGGGCUGGUCGACGUUCUCCACGAGGACGCGCUGUUUGCGACGCUUGCUGCGGACGACCGGCGGUCAUCGGAUGCGCCACCACCACCGAUGUGCAAGUCGCCACGGACGCGGCAGGCGGCAUACUCGCUCCAGCUUCAGCUCGCGUCGCUCUCGUCGAGCUCUGCGGCGAGCCUGCUGGAGAAGCUUGCACCGCACCACGAGGAUGACUCGUUUGCACAGGUCUCCGGCUGGCGGUACUACCCGGGCGCCAACGCGCGUGCGGCGAGUGGGUACUGCGGCCUGGUCAACUUUGGGUGUACAUGCUAUGUCAACGCCAUGCUCCAGCAGCUGUUCAUGAUGGCCCCGUUCCGGCGCGGAGUGCUUGCACUGCGACCCGGGGCAGGCGGAAGCGCUGGCGGGAGCAACGAGGACUCGCUGCUCAAGCAACUGCAGAUUAUCUUUGUCAACUUGCUCGAGUCGAACAAGAAGGCGUACGGGCCCGAGGGCUUCCUUGGGGCGUUUAAGGACUGGGAGGGCCGGCCGAUCAACCCCAAGGUCCAGCAGGAUGUCAACGAGUUCUUCAACCUACUCUGCCAGCGGCUGGAGGACGAGCUGAAGGUCGAGGGGAGCGGGGCAGAGCAGAUGCUCGAGCUGUUUGGCGGCAAGCUCUCGAACCAGAUCCGAUCGCGCGAGGACGAGUACCCGUACUACGGCGAGCGGCUAGAGGAGUUCUACAACAUCUCGCUGGACAUCAAGGGCAAGGCGUCUAUUGAGGAGGCGCUGGACUUUUACGUUGAGCCGGACGUAAUGGAGGGCGAGAACGCGUACUACUGCGAGCCGCACUCACGCAAGAUCACGGCGGCAAAGGGCGCGUGCCUGCACUCGCUCUCGGACGUGUUCAUUGUCCACCUCAAGCGCUUUGAGUUUAACUAUGAGACGAUGGAGCGGACCAAGGUGAACGACCGGUGCUCGUUCCCACUCGAGCUCAACGUUGAGCCGUGGACCCGCGAGGGCCUUGCCCGCCGCGAGAAGGAGGCCGGCGGGGUGCCGCUCUUUGAGCUCGAGCCACGGCCCGAGUGGUACUACGAGUACGAGCUGACCGGCGUCCUUGUCCACUCGGGCAUGGCGCAGGGCGGGCACUACUACUCGUACAUCCGGGCGCAAGGCGACGAGGGUUGCGAGGGCGACGGGCGGUGGCUCGAGUUCAACGACAAGGCCGUGACGCCGUUCAACAUCGAGACCUCGCUUGAGGCCGCGUGCUUUGGCGGCGACGAGAUUGUCAAGACCUGGAGCUCGGCUCUGCGGCGGAACAUCGAGCGCGGCAUCCCGCGGACCAAGUCGGCGUACAUGCUCAUCUACAAGCGCAAGAGUCCUGCCCCAGCCGGGUGGGUCGACCCGCUUGCGCCCGAACCGGAGCCACAGGCAACGGCAAGCGGCGAGGUUGCGGUUGUGGACGGCGAAGGCGCGAGGCGCGAGUUGUCGGCGAGGAGCGAGGUGUCAAUCGAGUCUGCUGGCGCCGGCGCCGGCGACUGCGACGGGCUGCCUGCGGACGUGCUGGAGCACGUGUGGCGGGAGAACGUACAGUUUGCGCGCGAGCGGUUCUUCUUCUCGUCGACGUACUUUGACUACGUGCUGCGGCUCUGCCAGCAGUUUGAGUUUGACGAUGUGCUGGCGUACGGGGUGCCCGACGUGGAGGCUGACUCUGGGCUGCGGAUGAUCCAGAUGGGGACGCGGGUGGUGUUUGAAGUGCUUGUGCGGGCGCGCGAGGACUCUGCGCUCUCUGCAUGGUUCGAGCUGCUCAACUCUCUGUAUGCGCGGCAUGUGCCUGCUGGGGUGUGGUUCCUUGACUACGCGCGGGCGUUUAUCCGGCCGCUGACGCUGGUGUGCCCCAAGGAGAGCGUGCGGAUCAACGUGGUUGCGCUCAUUGUCAACGUGAUGAAGCUUGUGGCGCAGUACGAGACGCCACUCUUUGACGAGCGGCUGGAGGAGGCUGCGGGCGAGGGCGAGGAGGCGCGUGUGGUGCCUGCGGCGUCUGUGAUGCGGUUCAUCGACGCUGUGUGGGACGAGUUUGAGGUCUCGCGGACGUACUGGCGCAACUUUCGGCAGUAUUGGCGGCUCUUCCGCGGCUUUGCAGAGAUUUCGUGGAAGACGCGAAUGUACCUUGUUGACGCCGAGUUCUUCCAGCUCUUCAUCUCUUACUUUCUGGCCCAGCCGCUCAAGGGCAACAUUCCGCGCGUGCAGAUCAUGGACGACAACCAGCUUCCGGACCUGACGCACUUUAUGGCGACAUACGCGACGGUGCUCCGCGGGUGUGCGACGGCCGGCGAGGGCGUGCCGCCGACCACGCUAAUGGCCGAGGACGACGAGACGGUGGUAGUUCUGCCGAAGCGGACGGUGACGGUGGUGAUUGGCCAGCACUGGCUCACGCAAAUGAUCCAGAUGAACUACAACCAUGAGGCUGUGGCGGCCGUAUGUGAGCACCUGUCGUACGGCCACCGGGCGCUGUCGAAGCAGUUUAUUUCGAUCAUCGGGCGGCAGCUGUACAUGCGGCCAGAGUCGCAUCUCAGCGGCAACCUCGACCUGCUGGGGCGAAUUCUGCGGCUGGACGACGGGCUGCGUGAGGCGCGGCUUCCGUGGGCGCUCUCGCCGGUGGCACACGCCGCGCAGUUUGGCCUCCUCCGAGUUGUGCAGCUCAAGCGGCCGCGGACGCCGCGGGUUGCGCUCCGGGCGCUGAUCUGGCUCGCUGAGCUAGUGGCGAUCUUUGACGACGUCGCCAACUAUGUCGCAAGCCAGAAGCGGGCUGUUGCUGGGCUAGUCAACUGGAUGCGGGGCCAAAUGGUGGCGGCCGGCAUCGAGGCAGCGGCGGUGGAGAAGGCCGAGGCCGCGGGCAUGCGGCUAGCGCGUGGCCUGCCGCCGGAGCCUGAGACGCCACCGGAGCCGGCCCUCCCCGAGGUUGACGAAGAUACCGACCCAGAGGCAGCGGCAGCGGCGCGUGUUGCGGCCGAGGCAGCGGCAGCGGUAGCGGCAGCGGCGGAGGAGCGGCGGCGGCUCAAGGGCAAGGACCCUGAGUCGGACGAGGACAUUGGGACGUGGGACAAGCCUGUGGACGGCGAUGUGUGGCGGGCGACGCACUACACGCGACACGCGGCGACGCGGUUCCACGGUGCGACCGCAUUUGGCUCGGAUGACGACGAGGAGCUCGGCUUCAGGAGGUACGGCAUGGACAUGGUGACCGGGACGUACGUGGCUGAGUCGGAUGAUGACUCGACUGACAUGCUCAUGUCGCCGGUGACGCCCAAGAAGUCCAAGCCGAAGAAGCCGGACCUAGAUGCCAAGACCCGCGAGGAGCAUCUCUUUGCCUUUGCCCACAUCGUUGGCGUGCUGGAUGCCAGCUACGUGAUGCGGGCGGUCCAAGGCGAGACCGAGGCCGAGGCCGAGACCGGCGACGACGACGUCGACAGCGACGACGGCGGCAGCGACGACGGCGACGGCGACGACGGGUCCCAGGCUGGUGACGGCGAGUUUGGGGACGGCCACGAUGGGGUGAAGGAGAUGGUGGUGUCGGACGACGAGCCGUAGCGGUGCAUGCGUUUACAAAGACGAGGCAGCUGA